AUGGAAGUCGGCGCAAGUCUAGUUGCCUUUAUCGGCUUCGGACUGGCGUCCAUAAAGACAUCCUGCCAAUUCGUUUCAAGUAUCAAGGAUGGCCCCGAAAAGCUGCGAGAUCUCGGAAGAGUUCUUGCAAGUCUCCGCGCGGCGUACGAGCAUACCUCUUCUCUGGGGGGUUCACAUGGGAGCACAUGUUCCAGUCAAUCCCUAGUGCAUCUUAUUCGUCAAUGCAACGAAGAUGUUUCGAGGUUCGAAACGAAAAUUGGGAGACUCUCUAUUCAGCCGCGGGAUAGGAUGCAUGGCAUUUUGUGGAAGAGGCUCAAAGUAGCCAUAAAUGAAAAGGAUGUCGCGCACAUGUUGAGUGUAAUGUCGGGCUACCUUAAUGCACUCACUUUGGAGAUCAGCGUGAUUCAUCUGUGA